GACUAAAAUGCAACUUGAGAAUAUUUUAAUUUAUUUAAUAAUUUAUAUUUAUAAUUUAUUAAAUUAUAUGAAAUGAGUCCAUCCGAGUCUCUUUGUUUCUAAAUAUUAAGAAUUGAUCCGACUUUUUCCAAGGACUCAUCCCAACCCGGUUUGUUUUUUAAUACUCAAAACUUUAGACCUGACCCUAAUUCACUCCAAACCAUGUUGUUCGGCUCCGACCUGCUCGAGAUACUUGUCACCCCGUACUACUACUAUUUCAGUAUACAUCUUCUUAUACCCAUUAAGAACUGGGAAGACAUUUACAUAUAUGUUCAAAGUGGCACUACUUUAAAAGAGCUACUAACAGAUAGUGAUGCGUGGGAGUUGUUUCAUGUUGACGAAUUACCAAGUGAAUUGGAACUUUGGGUGGUGAUACAUGGUGAUUCUGGAUUUAAUAGAGGCAAUGAUACUGGUGAUAUUGGUGAUGAUGAAUACACAGAAGACGAUACUGGAACCGACGGAGAGGAUGAUGUUGACCUUGAAGAUUUGGAUUACGAUGAGGAUGAUUUGUUGUUUGAUGCGAAUGUGGAUAUGACAGUGGAGUUUCAUGGGAUAGAAGAUAGCAUGCCUCAUGUCUCACAUGCCCUGGAGGUGAGCACUCAGGUGGAACAACAAGUACUUGGCAGUGACGAUGAAAGUUUGUCUGAAGGAGAGUUGAUGGAAAAGCUUAAUCUGCCGGUAUUCAACCCCAAAAGGGACAUGAAAAAUCCUCUUUUUUCUGUUGGGUUGGUUUUUCCAAAUAAAGAAAUGUUCAAAGAGGCAGUAGGGAACUAUGCCUUCAACAAUGGGAAGCGUUUGAGGUAUGACAAGAACGAUAGUAAGAGGGUGUAUGUUAGUUGUGUGAAUGGUGAUGAGAGCUCAAGUAAAAAGGUAAAGGCAGAUUCAGAAAAAAGGUGCACUUGGAAGUACUAUAACAAGAUGAUGAACUCAAGUGUCAUUGCCAAGAGAUGGAAAAAGGAAAUGAAGUAUCAUCCGAAUUGGAGAGUUAAAGACUUCCAGAAUAGAGUUCAAACUGAAGAGAAGUGUCACGUGACCUAUAAACAAGCAUGGAAGGCUUUGAAAAAGGCUCAUGUCGAAGAGAAUGGUCGUGUUGAAGAGGAUUAUAGGGAUUUGUGGAAAUACUGCCAAGAAAUUUUAAGGAGUAAUCCUAAGACUUCAUGCAGAGUUGAGUGUCAAGAAGAUGGGAGUAUACAAAGGUUUCAAAGAAUAUAUAUAUGUUGGGCAGCAUGUAGGGAAGGUUUUAAGGCAUGUAGACAAAUCAUAGGCCUUGAUGGGUGUCAUUUGACUGGCAAGUAUGGGGGGGUUUUAUUAGUGGCCAAUGGGAUUGAUGGAAAUGAAAACAUAUUUCCUUUUGCUUACGCUAUUGUUGAAAGUGAGAAUAAGGAGUCUUGGACUUGGUUCUUAGAGCUGCUUAGCAUGGAUCUAGAUCUUACCGAAGCUAAAGAAGCCUCUUUCACAUUCAUGACAGACAAGCAAAAGGGUUUGCUCCCAAGCUUUGAUGGCGUGCUUCCUAGGGCUCAACAUAGGUUUUGCGUAAGGCAUCUUGAGGGCAAUUUCAAAGCUGCGGGGUUCUCUGGAAAGGCCAUGAAAGAUUUUUUGUGGGAGGCAGCAAAAGCGACCACAUAUGCUACAUUCUUAGAAGCUAUGAAGAAGUUAAAGGAGGCCGAUGGGGAUGCUUACUCGUGGUUGCAAGACAAACACCCAUCGGAAUGGUCUAGGUCGCAUUUUCAUAUUAUCCCAAGAUUGCUGAGAAUAUCGAUUGAAAGAAAUCCGGCCAAGAGGUUUGCAGCGAUGAAGACUCUCAGAUCUGAGGAACUUUCUACAGCAGCGUCGGCCAUAGGUUGCAGCGGGGAUCUUCUGCCGGAGAUUCUUAUCCGCUUGCCGGCCAGAGAUCUGAUUAGAUUGAAAUCCGUAUCCACUCAAUGGAAUCGUAUCAUCUCAGAUCCCCUUUUCGCCGCCAGACACACCCAAAACUCCGGUCUCCGGCUUCCCGCCGGCGCAAUACUCUACGACCCCUACCGAAGUUCCCGACCCUUCAAAACAGUGCCCGUUCAGAUAUUUGGCAACCCUCCGACCAGCGUUCCAUCUUUGUCCUUCAUGAGAAACAUUAUUGCAGAUUUUGACUACAGCUGCACUCGUAUUGAGUCUUGUAACGGGCUUUUGCUCUGUCUAUUUUCGCAGAAGAUUGAAUCCGUGCUGGAUCUGCAAUCUCUUUGCUUCGUCUGCAACCCCAUACCUCGAUGAUGUUGUGCUGGGUGUUGCGAUUAUCGAAUUUGCGAAUUCGAUAGUUCCACCAAGAAAUGGUCAAUCCGAAGAAUGGGGAAGUGUUUGAUUCAAUGCGCAAAGUCGUGCGUCCUUUUACACCUUCCAUGUUUUUGGCUAGAGGGGACAAGUAUGCCGAUUUUGUUCUCUUAUUUGCCAAUAAAAUUGGUUUGAUUCUCUUCGAUUUGGUUUUCGCGCAAACAUGUGCGACGUCUUCGUUUUUCCUACGAUGUUUGCCAGUGUACUCCAUCUUUGGCGCCGGUUUGAUUUUUGGAUUUCAUGUGCGACGUCUUCGUUUUUUUUAAAAUGCUUGGCUAGAAGUUCCGUUAUUAUUUUUAUUAACUCCCUUUGGUGCUCCAUCUUGCAGUAUGAUGCAGCAGACAUGAUAGAACAAAGGUAAGCAUUAAAAUUGGUGAUGAUAAUAAGUUAGCCUUUGUUUG